CAUCAAGCGACGCGCCUCUUUCCCCAGGGCCGUCCAAUUCGGCGGGGUUUUGGGCUAACAAUAAUCCAGGGACGAACAAACGUGGGGAACGUGGCUUGGCCAGUUUCUGGAAAGCGUAUAUACCGCGUACCUACCUUACACCCUCUGCACCGGGGAUGCCGCGCAACUUUCCUCAACGGGCAGAGCGACUGCGUAGGGGUGGAUAGGGGGUGGUAGUCCCGGGCCUGACCGAGGAGCAGCAGCCGUGACACGACCACCAUCACCAUCAACGUAAGCAUCCAGUAGCGCACGAUCCGCCGUUAGGGUGACCAGGGUAACGCGAUUCCCUUAUCGCUGCGUAUAAAAGUGGUUUGACGCUUUUCGCAACGCACGUGUUUUAACCAUCUCCAUACACUUUUGCUCAAACAAAAACGAAAAGAAGGACUAAGGGAGCACGGAGCAAAAUAUUAAACAGUAUUGCCGGCUCGUCGGUGGGAAACGUUACCGCACAAAAGCGGCAAUUUGAAGAAUCGCCGUGUGCCGGCGGGGAGGGGUGAGGUCACCGCACACCGUCAACAGGUUAUGGAAGAGUGUUGCGAGAUUGCCGAAUCUGCGCGUCUAAAUCCACACACUUGUCGAUUCAAUUUCUAUUUCAACUAUCAUACUGCGGGUGUUACGUAGACAUAUAGGUAGAUUUUUGUGCAUCGCGACUCAAUGGUCAUAAGUCAUAACGAUACAUAACUUUGAAUGUGUCGUAAAUAAACAGAACUUAAUUUUACCUCGCGAUACGAGAUAGAUUCUGUAGAACCUACAGUUACCACUGGUUUUUGAACGCGCGGGGGUCGUUCGGCCCCUUUUCCGAAAACGUCGGACAGUUAAAUUUUUUCAUGUUAUUUUCUCAUUUGCGUUAAUUUGAUGUUGUAUACCGAGUGUGAAAACGACGAGUAUUGCUAGUAUAAUUGAUAUCGGUAUUCAGAGUGUAAUAAUAUCAUUAACAAUGAGGGAUAAGGAACAAUGUGGUGUAUACUAUGUAUAAUCUGUGUUGCGAUAAUGAAGACUGUAGUCGAUAAAUCAACGUCCGAGCCCCGCGGGUGUGCGAGAGUGAAGGGUUAAAAGGGGGCGAGUGUGUUUCCAUCCAUCUAUGAUGAUAAGGUACUAUAUUCAUUGUGGUCUGUAUUGGGGCAUAGAUUGAAGAGCUGUAUAUAAUAUGCCCCAGGACGUGAUUAAUCGUGGCAUAUCAUUAUAGUGAGUAUACGUAGGCGACGAUGUACGCACAUGGGUAUGAAUACGCAUACUGUUGUGAAAAUAGCGUUUCAUGAUGAUAUUAAUCCUAUGUAAUUUGAUAAGUAAUAAUGAAACAAUGCCGAUCAAUAAAGACCUUUGCCGAGCACUCUAGACGAACUUAACUACCAUCGCAAUCAUGGUCUGUGCUAAGCAUCCACAUCGGCAACCUGGCCUGUAUCGUGUAGGCUAUGAAGGGCCGCGAUUCGGUUUUAAUUGAAGCACAAAAGCGAAUAACGAGGCAUCGAGGCGGGAUCCAAAAGGUCGGGGAUCCACGAGGAAAGGAAAAGAAAGGCUUAGUCCCUGAGCUUAAGGGCGCUAGGUAGUAAAAGGGUGCGGGGUUGGUAUUUUAGAGAAAGAUCCGAAACAGGAUGGCGGUCAAUAGCCCUGACUCUUACGGCAAAUCGCCAAAGAGCAUCCGCCAUUUACCACAGCCACCGCAAGCCUCGGGUCAAAAGAGUCCGACACAAAGGUACUCGGAGUCGACCAACUCAGAAUCGGGGGACUCGAACUCGGCAAAGACAAAGACGACCCGAAUACCCCGCACUUUUGAUCUAUCCACGGAAUAUUACCCACAGGUCGGAAGCGCCAAGUUCGACUGCGAGGAGUUCGGAGCUGCCGGCUCGCCGGCAAACCCGGGAAAAAAUCGCAACGGCGAUAACACCGGAAACUACUUCACUUUCUCCGCCCCGAAAAGUCCCAACAGCCCGGAAAGCCCGAACGCCGGUCCCAGGACUCCAAGGACCCCCAGGACCCCCAAGAGUCCCAGCUGCGAUGGAAGUGUGUUUAGCUCUCCAGGGUUUCCCUCCCCCUCGAACGUCUUCCAGUUCUGUAACGUCAGGAGGAACUUAAACAAGACCAUGUCUUACCCACCAAAGAGCCCCAUCACUCCAACGGUAUCGGGAUCCCCACAGCCCGGGCACAAUCAGUAUUUCAAUUUCAGCCACGCAAAAAGUCAGACCGCCACGAAUGCCAAAAAGCAGUCCGAGUUUUUCGACCGCCGGCGUAGUUCCUGCUUCAAUCUUGGCCCCAAGAGUCCGAGGAGUCCAAGAAGCCCGAGGAGCCCGAUGUCCCCAACGAUCAUUGCCCCGACUGGACUGAGUCGAGGCGAGAGUCCAGUGGAACCGAAGCUGCAGGUAGAAUUUGGCGCGAAGAGUCCCAGGUCACCGGGUCAUGGGCAAACGACCAGGUUCGACUACGACAGUCCUCGCCGUGGAAACCUUCCCUCCGGAGAGUUCAAUCGCAGCCAGGGAUGCCUCGUUGGAAAGGAAACUCUCGUCGACGCCAAACCCGGGAAGACCAUGGCCCGGAGGUCCACGAGUGACCUGACUGACCUGACCGAAGCUGAGACCCAGGUUACCAUGCUUUCAAGUCCCGCCGUUCGACGAAGGGGCUCGAUGAAGGCAGGCUUGGCUUAUCUGGCCUCACGACGCGGUUCAAGGGACAGUCAGGCGUCGAAUUUGUCGAACGUGAGCAACGAGGACGUGGGCCCCCUCAAUUUCACCGCUCACCCUCGAGGGCGACAGCGGAGGACAUCAAAUUUCCUCGAAUUACCCGUACCUGACCACGUUCGGCCGAGAGUUCACAGCCUCCCUGAGAAGGCGUACAACCCUCGUGCAUGCGACGAUCUCUACAGACUGCGAGCCUUCAGCAUCACCCACAAGGGCGUGGUAAAUCGCGGGGACUCCAUUAUCUCGAGGCGUAGCCGGAGCAACACCUCGGUAAACAGCGGCCGAAACAGCAACGUGUCCGUUUCGGGGGAAAGAUCGCCCUUCGACGGAUCCUGCUGUAGCGCCCAAGGCGGAGCGGAGAGCACGGAUAACAGCGACGUGGAGGAAGUGCCCAAAUACCGCGUCGUACUUCUCGGUGAUUCGGGGGUCGGGAAAACUGCCCUCGUCUCUCAGUUUAUGACCAGCGAGUACAUGAACACCUAUGAUGCCAGUCUGGAUGACGAAUUUGGGGAGAAGACGGUCUCCAUUCUACUCGACGAAGAGGAAUCCGAAAUGAUAUUCAUCGAUCAUCCGAACGUGGAGAUGAGCGUGGAAAACUCUUUAUCGACGUACGAGCCACACGCCUGCAUAGUUAUUUACUCGAUAGUAUCACGUGCUAGUUUCGAAGUGGCCGAAGAGAUCCUUAACUAUCUAUGGCGAGAGCAUUUCACCCAGGAACGCGCUGUCAUCGUUGUUGGAAACAAGGCUGACCUGGCCCGAAGCCGGACAAUCACAGCCAACGAGGGUAAGCAGCUUGCUACUUCGAGGGAGUGUAAAUUCAUAGAAACGUCGAGUGGCAUUCAGCACAACGUCGACGAGCUCCUCGUCGGGGUCCUUAAGCAGAUCCGACUGCGGGAGUCCCGGGACAAGAAACUGCGUCGUCAGGGCAGCAAGGGAAAAAUGCUGGUUAAGCUGCACGCGAGCAAAACAGCCCUCAGCCUGAAUCUUGCCCGUGAAAUAUUAAGCAAGAUGUGUAUUAAUGACACGAAGAGCAAGAGCUGCGAGAACCUCCACGUCUUGUGAAGUAUCGCCUAGCUCAACGUAAGCCCAAUUAAGUACACCUACCGAUUCGUUGAAAUCGUUCAAGUUUGAACAGCCGUUAAAAGGUAGGAUUUAACAUUGUUUCCUAAUUUUCGACUUCGGUUAUCGCGAUGAUUGAAAACUGUUAUUUCGAGCAUCAUUAUUCUUGGGCGAAGCUGCAUGGUUUUAUUUACCUUGGAGAAUUGUUGUCGUUGCAGAAAGUGUCCACCAUGCGUACGACGGAGAUUUAAGAAUUCCUAAGCAAGUAAAUAGUUUGUGCAAAAGCUUUGGAUGGAUCGGAAAACGGGCAGCUAAAUAUUCUUCUCCAAAGCUUUUUGCGAUUUGUAAUUUGGUCGCACCUACCAAGUCACCACGUUGUUAACCGUAUUUCCAAACAAUUUCAGUCGAAUCGUGCGCAGCGAAUAUCUCCAAAAAAACAAACACAGGAUUCAUAUUGAUAUUUUGGUAAAUCAAAUUAAAAAGCACUUUUCGACUACCCAAACAUAUAUUUUACCUGGUUGCCAUUGUACGCUUACUUCCGAAGAAACGUCGACUAUCGAAAACAUUCAGGUCCAAAGACUAUAGUUCUUUUUCAUUACACGUGAAAUUUUGGCAUGUACAUACAUGAGCCAUACAUUUCGUAUAUCCUCAUCCCAGGCUCUUCCCUCUCACUCUCUCACCCCAUCCAUGAUUUUCCCAAUGUUUUAUAUCCGAACUUUUUGCGGUGGUUUCAAUAUCACCGAAGCUGUACCACGCAGCUCUCAUGCCUACAAAUACACCCUCGCGAGACGGUAAGUAGGUAUUACGUACUCUGAGCAGUGAGGGGAACUUUUCCCCGCGACAAUGCUUGAUGCAAUAAAAUGUAAUAAAUCGUAACUUCCACACAACUGUAGCGGCGAGUGACGCAAGUGUGUGUACGCACGCUGUAUAUACGUAUAAGCCCCCCCCCCCCCCCCCCGCCGCCUUCCCUCGCCCCCUACCCCUACCAAGUCUUCUUUAAUUUGAAGUAAGUAUAUUGUAUUCGUCUUAUACCCUUGUACAUUAAAGUGAUAUCCACUCCAUCGCACAUUCGCUGAUUGCUAUUUAAUUAAUUCUUGCUCGUUACUCGACGCCGUUCCACCCCCACUCUUGCCAGGCAUCUUUUCGACACUUACACUUGUACCUGCAGACAAUCUUCAAAUUCUCGUCAAUUCAACGCGGCUGAACCGAGGUUCAGGGACUAAAGGCCCUGUUCGAGAUUACGUGUAAUUUCACUGAUUGUAAGCAAAAAUUAGUCCGUGAUAUGACUUGUAUGAUAUAACGAUCAGUAACGGGAAUAAUUGUCAUUAUACCGGUAUCAAAUUUACGACAUGCAAAUAUUUUGUCUAAGCUCUUGUACUGUCUUACAACGCAGCUUUGCGUAUCGUCAUUUAGUUUUUCUAUUUCCUUAAUAAUCUGUCUAUUUUUAAUUAGGAACUAACAAACUUUCCUCGAUUUAAACAUCACAAUACUGCCUUCUCUCGAAAUAUAAAAAUUAAGUCUCGUGACCUCUUGCGUUGGACGUUGGAUGACAAGAUAUAUUUAAUCGUUUACGGUCAAUCCUCUAAGUGUAUAAAUAUUUAUUCAUAAUAUUCAUCAACAUUACGCAGGUAUUUGUAGUGCAUCAUCCUAAGACAAACGAGUCCGGGUAUCAUACCUUGCGUCAAGAGUUCAUUACAAUCAUUACAGUUUAUUAAUCACAACUAUUUUAUAUACCAAUAAUUAAUGAUAUUUCAUUUAAGGAACCAACGAUGAAAUCGCGUGACGAAAUCGUAGAUUGUAUGCGUAUUGAAACGAACGGCAAUUUGCCACCUAAUCGUAAGUCUGUCUCAAUGUUCGACGUUUCGUUUAUCGACCAGUGUCAUCGGUUACUCGUUUCUGAUAUAUCGAUGCCCAUGCCAUGUACCGACGAAACAUACCUCAUACAUAUAUAAUACCUAUAUCCAUGCAUACCUACAUGGCUGGUGUAAUACUCCGUCGAGUUUAUAAUGAGUUUCUUGAAUCAUCAACGGUAUUGAAAAAUAAGUCUCGCUGCGUGUAUAGAUACAAUGAUUCGUGUAAAGUAGACGUCUAAAAGCGCACCGCACACCUUAUACACUUGUAACCUAUUACUCAAAUCAUGUGUAAGGUACGCCUUUAAGAUUGAAUAUUAAAUGCAAUCGUAAAUGUAACGGGUGAGAUUAAGUUUUAGUAAGUGGUUCGCUUCAUUCCCUGGUGAAAAUUGUUUUUCUUGAAACCAAUUACUUUUCAGAACUUUUUAUUACACAACUUCGGUAAAUUUUCUGCUUGAAAAUAUCUUAUAAAUCCGGAAUUUUAUUCUGUGUGUAUUUCUGAACGAAAAAAAUCUCGUUUCAAAACAUUUCCGCAACGUUUCGUGCGAUUUUCUUUCCAAACGUCAAAUUGCUUUUUUCUCUUCAAACCGUUGAAUUUUUCCAUUACCUGCAAAAUCCUCGUUUAUCAUAACUUGAUUACAAUUCGCCAAUAAGUUUCUAAUCCACCAAUAAUACUAUACGUCGAUGUUUUAAAUGGUAAUACUGGCGAAAUUACAGAACAACAUUUCACUGGGGGUUUUUAUCUAUGCAAGGAAAGAAAGCUGCUUACCUCCCUUACAGGCUGCGGCGUUAAGCCAAUGUAGGGAUUUGAUUAGGUAAGAAUGUAUGUAGUAACGAUUGAAACUGCGUAGAAAAUUCCGAAAAUUGAAUCGAUCUAUAAUGCUCGUACAAUGAUCUCGUCUGUCAGCUCUUUGUUAUUUUCCAAAGUGCAAAGCCGAAGAGCAACGUCCGUUACGCGGUUUGUCAUUUAAUUAUUUCACUUCAUGAAAACGAGACGACAAAAUGUUCACGAUUCCAUGUGGGCAGGGACAAAUCGUAAGGCAUUCUAUCUACCUUUCGCUGCGUAGGUAAUAACACGGGCGUAUGCAGGUUUAUUUUCGUCACUCUGUUAAACGGUUUAAUACUGUUACCUGUGAUUUCGUUUAAUUGUAUUCAUA